AUGGCCCAGAGCCACUGCCACUCAUUCAGGAGCUCCUACAAUGUCCCACCACUCUCUGCCAUUGUACAUGAGUCUAAUCCUAUAAGCUUUGAAAAUGGAUUUUUUUUACCCAGCAGCUGCCAUGGCAGGACCUGGCUCUUGGACAAAUUUCAAGAAACCUGCAGUGAAACCACCAGCAGCAAAGUACCCAGCUGUGAACAGGAACAGUGCACAGAGGCUAGCAGUGUACGAAGUGCCCGCCUGCACAAAGUUGUCCAGACAACUUGCUCUCCUUCCAGGACGCGUGAAAGAACAACAUGCCAAUCAGGAGAUUCUUCGGCAGUGUGGAAAUGUGUUUCUCAGCCUUGCCAAUCGAGGAGCAGCCAGCAAAAGGGUUUUGCGAUCCAGAGCUGUCAACCUGUGAACUACGUGGUAAAGUGUUGUCCACCCAUGACUUAUGUGUCGAGGAGUUGCCAAACUCUGGAGUGUGAAUCCAGCCAGUGCCAAACUCGGAGCCCUGAGUCCAAUUCCUGCAGACCUCUGGUCUCUGUUACAUCAGGAACACAACUCCUGGAGUCUUCUAAUAGUUAUGAGCCAACUUGCUGUGUUUCUGGUGGUUUACAAUUGUCUAGUAAGUGA